AUGUCCACAUCCCAGUACAUGGCAUCGAAGACUGAGGUAUCACCGCCAUUUGUGGUGCCGCCCUGGGCGUCGACUGCGAGGGCAGCCUUUCACACUGCAACUCACGCUAUGAAGAGCUGGCUGCAUGGGCCUGACCUGCGUUGCAGCCUGAAUUCUCCCGGCAACCUGGACAGUGAGGGCGACAAGCGUGAACUACAGGUGUAUCUCCUGCUGAGGGGCAUCGAGUGGCGCCCCACGGGUGACAACAUCGAUGACAUACCCCUCUGCGCUCAGAAAUGGACGAUGAGCACAUGCAUUGCCAGGGAUGCGCAUGGCGGCAGUGCGCGCAGCGACAGUGCCGAGGUAGCAGGCGACAUGUGGCUGCUGCGCAGCGCUCUGUGCGCGCCGGCCGCUGGAGAAUGGCCGUGCGAGGAGCUCAGCGGCAAGGCGCGAGGGGAGCUGCCGCUGCUGGGCGAGGGCAUGCCGUGCGACUGGCACAGCAGGGUGGAGAUCGAUGCAAGUGGCAUCUGCCCACACGUGUGGGGGCAGGCGACCUGGGCGGUGACAGAGAUGGAGGAGAUGGGCGCGGAGCAGCUGCGCAUUCCCUCUGAUGUGCUGCUCUGGAAGGAAGUCCAGGAGUGGCCUUGGAGCACUACUGUCAUCGACAGCCUGGCUGCCGUGCUAAUGGCUGGCUGA